AUGUUCUUCAUUCACUCACUCUCUUUCCUCACUAUAUAAACCCACCCUUCCACUCCUUUCUUCGUCAACAACACAAACACAAACACAAAAUCCCCUUCAAAAGCAAAAACAAAAAGCUUCUUCACUCGAAUUGCAGGAAAUGGCAACAAUGUCCGCAUCUUCAAUGAACCUUAACAUGAUUGACUCUAACUUCGAAGUCGACAAGCUCACCUACGAAAUCUUUUCCAUUUUGGAGAACAAUUUCCUUUUCGGCUACGGCCACACCGAAAAUCGCACCAAUUUGGUUAAUUUUCCGCUGAAAGACGCGAAACCGGUGAAACACGCCGCCGGCAAGGUCCGCAUCCUCUGCAUUGACGGCGCCGGCGCCACCGACGGCAUCCUCGCCGCGAAGUCCCUCGCGCACCUCGAGGCUUGCCUCCGCCGCAAGUCCGGCGAAGCGAACGCUCGUGUCGCCGACUUCUUCGACGCCGCUGCUGGCUCCGGCAUUGGCGGCGUCCUCGCCGCACUGCUCUUCACGCGCGGCAAGGACGGCCGGCCGCUGUGCACCGCCGAGGAGGCGCUGCGGUUCCUCACCGACAACCGCCGCAGGAUCUCGCGGCGGUCGGGGAUUCUCCGUCGUGUUCUCCGGCCGGCGGAGAAGCUCUUCCGCAAGACGUUUGGAGAGUGCACGCUGAAGGACACGGUGAAGCCCGUGCUGAUCCCGUGCUACGACCUCGUCACGCGCGCACCGUUCGUUUUCUCGCGCGCCGACGCGCUGGAAGUGGACGGCUUCGAUUUCAAGAUGCGCGACGUGUGCGCCGCCACGUCAGCGGACCCCUCCUCUGCGGGCCCCACCGAGAUGCUGUCCGUCGACGGCAGGACCAGGAUCGUCGCCGUCGAUGGAGGCGUCGCCAUGAACAAUCCAACGGCUGCCGCCAUCACGCACGUGCUCAAUAACAAACACGAGUUCCCGUUCUGUAACGGCGUUUCCGACCUCCUCGUACUCUCCCUCGGUAACGGAGAGUCAGACUUUAACGCCGUUAAGUCACCCUCUGGCUUCGUAAGGAUCGCUGGCGAAGGAGCUUCCGAUAUGGUUGAUCAAGCCGUAUCGAUGGCAUUUGGUGAGUGUCGGAUGAGCAAUUAUGUGAGAAUUCAGUCAAACGGAAUCAUGGCAAACAAGGGCACACAAGCCAAGUCCUGCAAAACGGCGUCGGAUUUGUUAUCUAUUUCGGAGGAGAUGUUGGCACAGAAGAACGUUGAGUCCCUUUUGUUCAAGGGGAAGAAGGUGGCGGAGAACACCAACAUGGACAAGUUGGAGUUGUUUGGGGGAGAGUUAAUUAAGGAACAAGAGAGAAGAAAAACCAGCAUUUUACCAACGGUGGUGUUGAAGAACAACAAUGCCUCACCUUCCCCCAGCAGAACUUCCUCUGCCACUACCUUGUCCACUUUGUCUUCGACUAGUUAAAACAAGAAGCAAACAAGGGAGAUCCAAAGUUAGAUUUUUCAUUGUGGGGUUUGAAUUUUUAUGCGAGUUUUUUUUUUUUAAGUUUGUGGUGUUGGGGUAGCUGCCGCUUGGGACCAAAUUGAGACUGAGCUGUGCAGAGCCGAAUCCUUAAGUACUACUACUACUAUUACUACUUACAUUAUAUUUUUUUAUUUUUUUAUUUUUCUUUAGUUUUUUUUGGUAUAUAUUACAUGUAUGUAAUGAUAGUGAUUUGUGUAUAAGGUUAUUGUCACGGCAUGAUUUUUUAUUAAGGUUAGAGCUGUGCUUGAUUUGUGAGAGAGAAUUGUACUGUUCGGUAAGAACAUCAUAGUUAAAUAGUGUUGUGACUGAAUGCAGAACACUAAUUCUGGAAAUUGAUACACUUCAUAGCUGUUUUGGA